UUGACGGGCCACACCGGAAGUGCUUUUAAUUAUCGCGAGCUUGACACCAGGGUAGCUCCUAAAAUUCAGACGGCUGAGCCACGAGUGUCUUCAUCUUGGAAAUAAUCGAUGAAAAAAGCGCAAUAUUUCAUUUUGGAGAACAUCUGGGUGUCGUGUCUGCUCGCUGCUCCGUAAUGGCGUCCGCUGUGUGCUCCGCGGGAGGUUUUAAUUGGUGAAACAUUAAAAAAGGUUGAGUCGCCGCCUCCCCAGAUGUGGCCUCUACCUCUGCUGAGACUCCUGUUCAUGAACGGCGAGGAUGCUUUGAUUGAGCGGCUGUGGCUCGGCCUGGAGGGAUGACAGGACUUUAGCAGACAUGGAGACAGGGGAGACACACAGACAGCUGGAAACGCCAUAUUUUCUUAGUCUAGGUUCUCCACAUUAGAUCCACUCAGGAUAAGAAUAAAUCCUAUUUUUAUAUUUUUUUAUUCAGAGCUCUUUUUGUUAGCUAUUGUAAAGCCAUACUCAGCCGUCAGCAGCAGAUGUCACAAUGAGCUCUGAGGGCUUUCAGUACCGAGCGCUGUACGACUACAAGAAGGAGAGGGAGGAGGACAUCGACCUGCAUGUUGGCGACAUACUGCUGGUCAGUAAAGGAGCGCUGCUGGCGCUCGGCUGCAGCAAUGGAGCCGAAGAACGACCGUCAGAGAUCGGCUGGCUGCCGGGCUUCAACGAGACCACGCAGGAGAAAGGCGACUUCCCUGGGACGUACGUGGAGUUUGUUGGCAGAAAGAGGAUGUCCCCGCCCACACCAAAGCCCCGCCCACCCAGACCGCCAUCUGCGGCGUCAGUGAGGACCGACUCCGAGUCAGAGGGCUUCAUGUUGCCAGACCUCCCAGAGCAGUUUGGACCCCCGGACUCAGCCCCUCCCCUCCUCAGCAGACUGAUGGAGGCCAUAGAGACCAAAGGUCUGGACAGUCCCAGUGUGUAUCGCAGUCUGAGUGGAGGAGGUCUGGACACCCGGCAGCUGGCCGACACUGAUCUGGACCAGCUGGAGGUGUCGUCCCUGUGUGACGGGGUGGUCCGGUUCCUGCAGGAUCUCCCCGGUCCCGUCCUCCCCUCCACGCUGCAGGCCGACAUGAUUCACGCCGUGCAAGAGGUCCGGGACCUGGAGGACUGCGCCCAGGUGCUGCGGGGGGUGGCCAGCUCGCCGACCUGCCCGGCCCAGUACGGCCUGACUCUGCUCAGCGUGGUCCGACACCUGGCCCGACUCUGUCUGAACAGCGCCAGGAACCAGCUGAGCCCCCGAAACCUGGCAGAGGUCUUCAGCCAACUGCUGUUCCAACAGACAGCGGGGUCUGAGUCCAGUCUGGAUCCUCUGGUUCAGGUUCUGGAGGUUCUGAUAACCAGCGAGCUCAACAUGAACCAGGCUGCACCAGCUUUGCCUCCGAAACCCGUCAAGUCUUCGACUCCAGCAGCUUCCAGUAGUUUUAACAACAGUAUUUCCCUGCAGGAGGCCGAGUGGUACUGGGGAGACAUCUCCAGAGAGGAGGUGAAUGAGAAGCUGAGAGACACAGCUGACGGUACGUUCCUGGUUCGAGACGCCUCCACGAAGAUGCACGGAGAUUACACUCUGACUCUGAGGAAAGGAGGCAACAACAAACUGAUAAAGAUCUUCCAUCGAGAGGGGAAGUACGGCUUCUCCGACCCUUUAACCUUCAGCUCGGUGGUGGAGCUGAUCAACCAUUACCGCCACGAGUCCCUCGCCCAGUACAACCCCAAACUGGACGUCAAGCUGCUCUACCCGGUCUCCAAACACCAGCAGGACCAGGUGGUGAAGGAGGACAGUAUCGAAGCUGUGGGGAAGAAGCUCCACGAGUAUCACCUGCAGUACCAGGAGAAGAACCGAGAGUACGACAGACUGUACGAGGAGUACACCAGGACCUCGCAGGAGAUCCAGAUGAAGAGGACGGCCAUCGAGGCGUUCAACGAGACCAUAAAGAUCUUCGAGGAGCAGUGUCAGACUCAGGAGCGCUUCAGCAAGGAGUACAUCGAGAAGUUUCGCCGAGAGGGCAACGACAAGGAGAUCCAGAGGAUCAUGGAGAACUACGACAAGCUGAAGUCUCGGAUCAGCGAGAUCGUGGACAGUAAGCGUCACCUGGAGGUGGACCUGAAGAAACAGGCCGCCGACUACAGAGAGAUCGACAAGAAGAUGAACAGCAUCAAACCGGACCUGAUCCAGCUCCGCAAGACCAGGGACCAGUAUCUCAUGUGGUUGACCCAGAAGGGAGUUCGUCAGAGGAAACUGAACGAGUGGCUCGGCCUGAAGAACGAAACCACGGAGGAUGAGUACAGCAUGGUGGAGGAUGAGGAGGACCUUCCUCAUCACGACGAGCGUCUGUGGCGUUUGGGAAACAUCAACCGCACUCAGGCCGAGUCGCUGCUCCGCGGGAAGAGAGACGGGACCUUCCUGGUCCGAGACAGCAGCAAGCCGGGCUGCUACGCCUGCUCCGUGGUUGUGGACGGAGAGGUGAAGCACUGCGUCAUCAACAAGACGAGCACCGGGUUUGGUUUCGCGGAGCCCUACAACCUGUACGGCUCUCUGAAGGAGCUGGUGCUGCACUACCAGCACACCUCGCUGGUCCAACACAACGACUCGCUCAACGUCACGCUGGCCUUCCCCGUCUACAGCCAGCAGAGACGGUGACCCGCCCGGGUCCUCCUCAGUCAUACUGCCAGCGUAGACGAGCACGUCUCACCAAACGAGUCUCGCUGUACAGACCAGUACCUGACCACAUGACGCAUGUAACGUCUGUUCAACUUUUAAAGACCGUAAACCGUCCAGGUGCUGCAGAUCACAUGGAUCAAACAAACCAAUCCAGUUUGCUGAAGAUGAAGCUUCAUGUUAAGUUAAAUGCUUUGUUACAUCCUGUAGGAAUCAACACUGGCAAAACAGAUACUCAUUUUAUUGUGAAAGUCAUCACAUGGAGCUUUAACUUCCUGGGAGGAAAAAAAACUAGCAGCAAGAUACAGAGACAGCAGUGAACUUCCUGCAGGCGUGCAGGUAACAACAGCUGAUUUGGUGCCGAAGACCAACACGUACUUCAGUUUCCCGUCAUCAGAGACGACACUUCAGGUCGAGAUCACACCGGAACCUCUGUUUAUUUUUCAGGCAGAACAGGAAGAGCAGAGGGCUCAGAGGCGUUCAGGGUUUCCCUUAAAGAAAAUAAGAAGUAAAACAAUAAGUUUCUCAGACGAAGACGGUGUCGUCCCUCAUUCGUCCAGGAGUGUUCUAUCGUAGAAAAGGUUUCAGUCGUAGUCGUCUGGACGCUGUUUUCAGAAUCAAGACGUUUCGGCUCCCAUCCGGAAGUCAUUCUCAAUUGUGAAAAUGGUCUGAGAACUCAGAAAUUUAAGCUACUCUGUGCUACUUAAGCCCCACCCUCAGGGAGGUCUUCCUGAGUAUCUGUUGAUUAGCUAGUUUCAGCUGAAACUGACCUAAUUGUUUCCAUGAUGGCCCAGAUAAAAUUAGGUCAGUUUCAGGUGAAACUAGGCAGAGUAAUCAACAGAUACUCAGGUAGACUCCUCCCUGAGGGCGGGGCUUAAGCAACACAGAGUAGCUUACAUUUCUGAGUUCUCAGACCAUUUUCACAAUUGAGAAUGACUUCCGGAUGGGAGCCGAAACGUCUUGAUUCUGAAAACAGUGUCCAGACGACUACGACUGAAACCUUUUCUACAAUAAGUUUCUCAGACAUUUCCUCGAUAUAUAUUGUCAUUCACCGUCUACAAAAACUAUGACAUUUAUGGCCGAAAAUAAUUUUAAAAUGGUCUAUAGCUCGAUUAGCAGUGCUGCUAACGGCUAAGUUUCGUUUUAAAAUAACAAAACUCAUCUGCCGCACACUUUCAGCACUUCAGUAUAUUAUAAGCUCACACACCAAUAACAGCCAGUCCAGGCGAACAAUUACUCAGAGGAACAUCGGAAACAAACGCCUGAGAAGAGGAGAAAACACGUUUCUAAGCUCCGUUCAGGUUCGUUUAUCAAUAACAGGGUUUAGUGUUCACACCUAAUGAACAUUUAAAGAUACAAACAACAUCAAAACAAAAUAUGAUCGAUAAUCGUGUCAGGACACAUCCAGAAGCGUCUGCUCACCUGUCUGUAUACAGGUGUGCAAAGAUCACUUUUCUCGCUUGACUGUUUGAAACCUUUCGACACUACAGCUGAUGUGGUAGCUGAGUUUUAGUAACGACAUUUCAGUCGUCUCUCGUGCCGAAUAUUCCUCUGUUUCAGUACCAUCGAGCGAAGCUUCGAUCGUCAGGUUUGAUCAAUCCGAUCACCUGCGGACCAGUCGGUUUCCCCCGACAGCUCCACGAUCGAGUUUCAAGAUGGCCGCCUGAACCUCAAACAAUAAAUCCGCUUUUUUGAGUUAGUCGCCUGAUCCCGGUCCCAUUUUAUCGUGUUCGUUGUAACAGAUGGUAUUUUGCUUUUUUCAGAGAAAAUCCAGUAAUUCUGUUCACUAGACCUGAAAAAACUCGAACGGGGUUCGAGGGCGCGUUCAAGCUGAAACGGGUUGUUAAGUUGCUCUUUCAAGCCUGCUAGUUUCCCCCCGAAGGACUGAAAGAGCUGUAAUUUGUUAAGAUUUAGUUAUUUAGAGGAGCAGAGUUUGGAGAGACGCUUCAGGCUCCUUUAGAAAUGUGUCCCGUGUGAUCACGACCUCAGUGUGAGUCGAUCCGGCGACCAACGCGUUUCCUGUCUGUGGAGAACCGAGGUACUGAACUGUCAAACGUCUCGUGGAGGUCAGAGCUGGAGCUGAACUGACGGACUCUUCCUUCAAUCGUGACGCUGAAGUGCUGAUCCAGCACGCUUCAACAGGACAGAACCACAACUGGACCGGACUCUGAAACUACAAAUAUGGACUGAUGAUGAUGUCAAAGGCAAAAUGGCGGACAGCCUAGAAAGACUUUUCUUGCAAACACUGUGAGUGGCUCUGAACGAGGUUUAAAAUGAGGGCGAAUCGACUGACCCACAUUUUUAUAUCAGGAGACCUGCAUCAUCCAAAGACUCAACCCCCCCCCCCCCCCCCAGAAAGUCCCAUUGGCGGCGUUUUUCAAGGUCCCGUUUCUUCAGCUGUGUUUCGUUUGCCGCCUCAGAGUGUCGUUUAAUUUCGCCGAGCGGACGGAUUCUUGUAUUCUUUCAUUUCAGCGAACGUCCGUCAGCACAAAGUCCACAGAGAUUUUACUCGUGCUGGAUCAAAACUGUGACAAAAAUUCAGGAACGACGAGAACUCUGGAUCUUUUCCGCAUCUACUCCAGCCGAGUUUCAUGGACAAACCGCAGCCUGUAAACAAACGAAAAACGUCUUCAUGGAUUAUCUUCUUUUUGUUUUUGCGCUUCAAGACAUUUGACUUCCUUUAAGAGAAACCAGGUACAGGAGAUGAAACUGUCUGCAAGGACGUGAGCGAGUCUUAAGUAUGACGUCUGUUGUCAUGGUAACCGCCUGGUAAUUUCCUCAACUUUUGACGUUGAGCUUUUUCCACGCUCGGAUCGGUUUGGAAAUCAAUACAUGUUGCAAAAUGUUUGGAAAUGUCCUGAAUGUUUCCAGCUCUUUCUUUCUUUUGCCAGAUAUUGUCUGUAACAGCUGUCGGAUUCGGCGCCGCAGGAAUCGCUCAGUACAUUUAAAUUAUUCCAGAAACUUGCUGCUUUUUCAGUCUAACACUCAAACCGAACUAGUGACCACAAACAAAAAAAAAACUGUAAUAUUAGACAUUAAGAAGUUUAAUACUCUGAUGAAUAAAACAGUUGGUCUGAAGGCUUUUACACCGAGAGAAACAUCUCGUCUCCAUUUUGUUCAAAUUAUCCAGAGAAUCAGCUGAAGAGACGAAUAUCCAUCCAGACAUUUCCUUCAUUUCAUCAGUGAACUGUAAUUAAUAGUUGAUCGGUCUGCUGUGUGUGUGUGUGUGUGUGUGUGUGUGUGUGUGUGUGUGUGUGUGUGUGUGUUCAUUACCAGCCUCAGUUUGUGUGUCUCGUAGACAUUUUCAUAUUUGACAUUUUUGCACUAAUAAUCACAGUAAAGGUCCAGAAAUGAGCCUCAGCUUUUGUCAAAAUUACAUCAAAUUUAAAACCGCGAGACAGUCGGCUCGUCAUUUGAAUACAGCUGCAACUCAAGAUUGUUUUCAUUAUUGAUUAAUCUGUCAGUUUGAAUUAAUCACUUAGUUCACAAAUUGCCCGAGUUUUUGUGGGGGGGGGAGAACAAAACUAUUCUUUGUUUCUCAAACGUAAACGUUGAAACGUAACAAAAAUGGGUCCAGUACUGAGCCCUGAGGAACUCCGCGAGGAAGUUUAAGGACCGGCCGUGUGUUUUUAUGUUUUUCUUCGGUUUGUGUGGUUUGAUUCUCUGCUUUAAAUGAUAAUUAGUGCAAAAGUCUCAAAUAUACAAAAUGAUCUUAAGAAACAAACUGCAGGUCACUGCAGGUUUAAAAAUCAUUUCAUGGUUAUUAAAAAAAAAAACUGCAUUCUUAAGGUUCAGGACGCUCUGGCUUAUUUGUGUUUUUUGUUACAAACUGAGAAGAAAAUCUUAUUUUAUUUUCUGACUAAUUUGAUUUCUGGCCUAAAAGUAAAAAUACAUUAUGAGUAAGCACAAGAGACAGCUUUCCCCAUCCAAUCAGUUGUAGCUUUGAGGGCAGCAUCAUUGCAUUAUUUUUGAAAUGUUGGAUUCAUUCUAGUGCUUAAAUUUACAAAAUUUGAUACUUGGUGGUUUUGCUUUAAUGAUGCAUCUGUGGCUCAUAAAUAUGUGUUUAAUUAUUGCUACAUAUUUCCCUUUUCACACAGUAUUUAUCCAUCUUGGGUUGAAAAUGAUCUGGAAAGUUUCUCUAAUAUUAAGAGGAUGAAGAGAAACUGUAAUUUUUCUUUCUCCAACUAUUAUUUGUUUCACUUUUGGGCCAGCGGACCUUUCGUUAAGGUGACGUCGUCGUUUUUAGGUGAUGAUCUCAGUUUGUAACCGGUGGUUUCAGACUAAACCACCAAAUGUGAAUAUCAAGCUCAUUAUAUUUUCGUAAGCAUGUUGGAAGUCGGAGCAGUCAACGACCUAAACCUGUUUGCUCUGCACACUGGUGAUGAAAUGUGUUGGAUGUUCCAGGUUCUGUGUUUUUAGCUUAAUUAUAAAUAAUCUUAAUACCAUAAAAUACAUAAACCGUAUUUUCUGUAUCAGAAAUCGUUCGUCAUCUUUUGUUUUUUUUUUUUGUUUGUUUUUUUAUUCCUUCUCUCUUUGCUUCUCACUCGCUGUUAAUGUCAGAAAAGGACAAUAAAGCACCAGGAUCUUGAAA